AUGGCCGGGGACGCGAAUAGCCCGGCCGACGAUGGCCCAGCCGAUCAUACCGAUGGAAGUGCCUCGCAACCGCCUACGAAGAAGCGCCGGACUGGCACUUCGUCCAGAGGCGUCGCCAACCUCACCCCAGAACAACUUGCUCGGAAGCGCGCCAACGACCGCGAGGCGCAACGUGCCAUACGCGAGCGCACCAAGAAUCAGAUCGAUGCAUUGAACAGGCGCAUCCAGGACCUCGAGAGCCAGCAGCCCUACCAGAACCUCCAGCAUGUGCUGCGUGAGAAAGACCAAGUCGUCGCCGAGCUGCAGGAUGUGCGAAAGCGUCUGGAAAGCAUCAUUUCGUUAGCCUCACCGGUCCUACGCGGCCCGAGUGGCCUCAGUGAAUUGGCAGCAGCAGCGACUCGCUCGCCCCUUUCCGUUCCUCCAUCCCACCCACCUGCUUCGCAUCCCCACGAUCCACGCGCCCUCAACACCACACUCGGCGAGAUAGCUGCUGCUGCCUCUCCCCAGAAUGGCGUGCACUCACCCAGCGUCGGCGAGGGGCCGCGUCACUGGGGUUACACCGGUGACCCACCUCCCAGCCAUGACCGCCGCUGGUCUGCCGAUGGCGCCCACUAUCACCAUGAGCGCGUCUCCCACGGUACACCUGAGUUGCCCUUCGAUCAGAUGCCUUUCGACAAUGAUAAGCGGAUGGGCGUGAACUUCCUCUUGGAGAAUAAUGGCCAGUCGCGGCACUUGGAUCCCAGCUUGCCUCCUCCCCCUCCUCCAAUUACUGUCACAACCAACAGCCUGGGAAGUGGCCUCGGUCAUCACGCGCCAAUCUUGGUACCUCAUCUCACCCUGCCACGCAAUGUGCCCACGACCUGCCCGCUUGAUGCCAUUCUGCUUGAUUUCCUGACCGAACGCCAGCAGCGUGCUGCACAAGGUGAUCAUAUUAAGACUUUGGUAGGGCCACAGUACCCUAAUUUUACGCCCAUUGUCUAUCCAGAACGGAACAUCGAGGCCCAUCCAUUGUCAAAAUUGUUCACGGAUAUAUUGCGCACCUUUCCGGACAUUUGCGGGCUUCCUGAGCAGGUUGCCAUCGUCUACAUUAUGUUCCUGGUCAUGCGUUGGCAGAUCGAACCGACAGCAGAGAAUUACGACAGGCUACCAGAUUGGGUCACACCGCGAGCUUCGCAGCUCUUCGUUCCUCACGCGGUUUGGAAUGACCAUUUGCCAUGGCCCAAGUUGCGCGACCGCUUGAUCAAUUCUCAAACGUCGGUGCCGUUUGAUGCUUUCUUCAUACCGUUCACCACCACCAUCUCCUUGAAUUGGCCGUAUCAACCAAAGGAUGUUCUACUCCCAGCGUCUAAGCUCUAUACCUCUUCGUUGUCUACCACGUCUUCUAUCCCAGCGUCGAGCCCGUUCUCCACUGCCGUACACGCUGGCUCUCCCGUGGGACCCGCUACGCCUCACGCUGCCAGUACGCCCGGCACUACCAAGGAGGAAGAUGAGUGGCUUAUCAAUCCCGCUUUUGAGAGCCACCUCCGCAACCUCAACAACUGGAGCCUGGGUCCUGCCUUCCGCUCUGCCUUUCCAGCCUUCGGCGAUGCAGUUCGCAUCAAAGAAGGGCGCUAG